CCCACGGACGGAGUGACCACCUGUGCUUCUGCGUGAAGUAGAUUUGCUCUCCCAAACCUAUUUUUAAGUGGGAGGAGAAUAUUCUCUAAGGCCAGACUGCUGAGCAGAGCUGAGAUGGAUCUGUGGAGCAGUGCCCACAUUGGUGACUUUGAGGAAGCUGAUGUUUCCCUUUCCUUUUCUUGUAGGUAUGGCCUCACGUGUGCAAGUUUUCUCCCCUCCCACCCUUCAAUCAAGUGCCUUCUGCAGUGUGAAGAAACUGAAAGUCGAGCCUAGCUCCAACUGGGACAUGACUGGGUACGGCUCUCUCAGCAAAGCCUACAGCCAGAGCAAGAACGUACCGCCAUCGCAGCCAGCUACCGCAACCGUCAGCACCUCCUUGCCCAUCCCAAACCCCAGCCUACCUUACGAGCAGACCGUCAUCUUCCCAGGCAGCACCGGGCACAUUGUCGUAACAUCAGCAAGCAGCACUUCUGUCAGCGGACAGGUCCUCGGGGGACCGCACAACCUGAUGCGUCGAAGCACUGUGAGCCUUCUCGAUACCUACCAGAAAUGCGGGCUCAAGCGUAAAAGCGAGGAGAUCGAGAACACGAGCAGCGUGCAGAUCAUCGAAGAGCACCCACCCAUGAUUCAGAAUAAUGCCAGCGGGGCCACCGUAGCCACUGCCACAACAUCGACUGCCACCUCCAAAAACAGCGGCUCCAACAGUGAGGGUGAUUACCAGCUGGUCCAGCAUGAGGUGCUGUGCUCGAUGACCAACACGUACGAGGUGCUCGAGUUUCUGGGCCGAGGGACGUUUGGGCAAGUGGUCAAGUGCUGGAAGCGGGGUACCAACGAGAUCGUGGCCAUCAAGAUCCUGAAGAACCACCCGUCCUACGCCCGGCAGGGCCAGAUCGAAGUCAGCAUCCUGGCCCGCCUGAGCACCGAGAGCGCGGACGACUACAACUUUGUCCGGGCUUACGAGUGCUUCCAGCACAAGAACCACACGUGCCUGGUGUUUGAAAUGCUGGAGCAGAACCUCUAUGACUUUCUGAAGCAGAACAAGUUCAGCCCCUUGCCCCUCAAGUACAUUCGCCCCGUCCUCCAGCAGGUUGCCACAGCCCUGAUGAAGCUAAAGAGUCUGGGUCUCAUCCAUGCGGACCUCAAACCGGAGAACAUCAUGCUGGUGGAUCCAUCCAGACAGCCCUACAGGGUCAAGGUCAUCGACUUCGGCUCCGCCAGUCACGUGUCCAAGGCCGUGUGUUCUACCUACCUGCAGUCUAGAUAUUACAGGGCCCCCGAGAUCAUCCUCGGUUUACCAUUCUGCGAGGCGAUCGACAUGUGGUCCCUGGGAUGCGUCAUUGCGGAGCUGUUCCUGGGCUGGCCGCUGUAUCCAGGCGCUUCAGAGUACGACCAGAUCCGAUAUAUUUCACAAACACAGGGUUUGCCGGCUGAAUAUUUAUUAAGUGCAGGGACAAAGACAACUCGGUUUUUCAACCGUGACACCGACUCACCGUACCCUUUGUGGAGGCUGAAGGCGCCAGACGAUCAUGAAGCAGAGACGGGGAUUAAGUCAAAAGAAGCAAGGAAGUACAUUUUCAACUGUCUGGAUGAUAUGGCCCAGGUGAACAUGACAACAGACUUGGAAGGGAGUGACAUGUUGGUGGAGAAGGCCGACCGGCGGGAGUUCAUUGACCUGUUAAAGAAGAUGCUGACCAUAGAUGCGGACAAGAGGGUCACGCCGAUCGAGACCCUGAACCACCCCUUUGUCACCAUGACCCACCUGCUCGACUUCCCCCAUAGUACACACGUCAAAUCCUGUUUCCAGAACAUGGAGAUUUGCAAGCGUCGGGUGAAUAUGUACGACACGGUGAACCAGAGCAAAACCCCUUUCAUCACGCAUGUGGCCCCCAGCACGUCCACCAACCUGACCAUGACCUUUAACAACCAGCUGAACACCGUCCCCAACCAGGCUCCCACCUCCACCAGUGCCACUCUUUCCUUAGCCAAUCCCGAAGUCUCCAUACUAAACUACCAAUCUGCACUCUACCAGCCCUCCGCGGCGUCCAUGGCUGCAGUGGCCCAGCGCAGCAUGCCCUUGCAGACGGGGGCAGCCCAGAUUUGUGCCCGGCCCGACCCCUUCCAGCAAGCUCUCAUCGUGUGUCCCCCUGGCUUCCAAGGGUUGCAGGCCUCUCCCUCAAAGCAUGCUGGCUACUCAGUGCGAAUGGAGAACGCCGUGCCUAUUGUCACCCAAGCCCCAGGAGCUCAGCCUCUUCAGAUCCAGCCAGGUCUGCUUGCCCAGCAGGCCUGGCCCAGUGGGACCCAGCAGAUCCUGCUCCCCCCCACGUGGCAGCAGCUCACGGGCGUGGCCACCCACACGUCCGUGCAGCACGCGACCGUGAUUCCGGAGACCAUGGCAGGCACCCAGCAGUUGGCCGACUGGAGGAACACACAUGCCCACGGCAGCCAUUACAAUCCCAUCAUGCAGCAGCCUGCGCUGCUGACGGGGCACGUGACACUCCCAGCCACCCAGCCCUUGAACGUGGGUGUGGCCCACGUCAUGCGCCAGCAGCCCGCCAGCACCACCUCCUCCCGGAAGAGUAAGCAGCACCAGUCGUCGGCAAGGAACGUGUCCACCUGCGAGGUGUCCUCCUCUCAGGCCGUCAGCUCCCCGCAGAGGUCCAAGCGCGUCAAGGAGAACACGCCCCCUCGCUGCGCCAUGGUGCACAGCAGCCCGGCCUGCAGCUCCUCCGUCACCUGCGGGUGGGGCGACGUGGCCUCCAGCAGCACCAGGGAGCGGCAGCGGCAGACGAUUGUCAUCCCCGACACCCCCAGCCCCACUGUCAGCGUCAUCACCAUCAGUAGUGACACAGACGAGGAGGAGGAGCAGAAGCACGCCGCCACCAGCACUGUCUCCAAGCAGAGGAAGAACGUAAUCAGCUGCGUCACGGUCCACGAUUCUCCCUACUCAGACUCCUCCAGCAACAACAGUCCCUACUCGGGGCAGCAGCGGGCCGGCCACAGCAGUGCCCACGCCUUCGACAGCAAGGGUGGCCUGGAUGUCCACUGCCCUGGGAACCCCCGGACCAUCAUCGUGCCACCCCUGAAGACCCAGGCCAGUGAGGUGCUGGUGGAGUGCGACGGCCUCGUUCCAGUCAGCACUGGCCACCAUUCGUCCUUCUACAAGUCCAAGUCCUCCAGCAACGUGACCUCCACCAGCGGUCACUCUUCAGGGAGCUCAUCUGGAGCCAUCACCUACCGGCAGCAGCGGCCGGGACCACACUUCCAGCAGCAGCAGCCUCUGAAUCUCAGCCAGGCCCAGCAGCACAUCACCGCAGACCGUGCGGGGAGCCACCGCCGGCAGCAAGCCUACAUCGCCCCCACGAUGGCCCAGGCCCCCUAUUCCUUCCCGCACAACAGCCCCAGCCACGGCGCCGUCCACCCCCACCUGGCCGCCGCGGCUGCCGCCCACCUCCCGGCCCAGCCCCACCUGUACACCUACACGGCACCCGCGGCCCUGGGCUCCGCUGGCACCGUGGCCCACCUGGUGGCCUCCCAGGGCUCGGCACGCCACCCCGUGCAGCACACCGCCUACCCGGCCAGCAUCGUCCACCAGGUGCCUGUGAGCAUGGGCCCGCGGGUGCUGCCCUCACCUACCCUCCACCCGAGUCAGUACCCUGCCCAGUUUGCCCACCAGACCUACAUCAGCGCCUCGCCGGCCUCCACCGUCUACACUGGAUACCCGCUGAGCCCUGCCAAGGUCAACCAGUACCCUUACCUAUAAACCCUGGGGGGAGUGGGGGACGGAUGGCAGUGAGGCAGGCUUUUUAUACUGAAGCCCCUGCCACACACAGACGAUGAGAACGGGGCAGGGGAGGGCGGGCGGGAUGGAAGAAACUGAACUAGGACGUGGGAUGACUCGGAGCAGAGAAGAGAACGUUUUGAAAGGAAGGGAUUCAGGAGGGGGGAAAUCUAUGCUUUUUAUUUUAAAAAAGAAAAAGGAAAAAAAAAAGAAAACGUCAGUAAGAGAAAACACAGUUCUCGAGCCCAUUCUGCACCCAACUGGAAUAGAGAAGAGGAGCGCCACAGAAGAUUCUGGAAGCAGAGGCCCCCAGUAUUUAAAGAACUAUAUCUAUGAACUUCUCAAAGAUUAUUUUCAUAUGGCAGCAAGUGAUAUUUAAGAAUAUGCUGCCAGGGAUGCCUGAUAUGGAAAUCCAAUAGAUUUUUUAAUGAAUUGAACAUAAGAAUUAGGGAUUUUUCCAGAACUCUGAAGGAUCAGCCCCCACCCCCCUCCAGAAUGCCAGACUGAAGCCUGAGGAGGCUGGUGUUUGGGGGUUGGUCUGGGGUUGGCAAGGCCAAGAGGUGGGAGGAGAGGACGCCUGGUUCUGGGAGGUGGCCGGGUGGGUGGAGAGCCCUGGAGAGGGGCCAUCUCCUCUUCUGGAGCACUCUGGACAAAUCCCUAAGCAAUGUGAUUCCUAAAAUGUCAUUAAUCAUGUAUGUGGCAAAGUUGAGUUCCUUUCUUUUCUGAGGAUUUCUGUUCUCUUUGACUCAAUCCCUAGUCGCGUAGCGUAGGGCUAGCGGUCGUCACCGACCCCCGAGUAGAAUGUAGCACUCUGUACCCUCGUUUUCGACUUUGUGUUCAACUCCAAUGAUACCAAUAGACUAUUCCUCAAUGUGAUUGCACAAAAAUAAGUGAUUUAACACAGGCGUGUGACCAGCGUGGU